UUUAAAGGUGCUGUUGUCUGGGACUACACUAUAUUUAGAGGUGUUUCUAUAUUUUUGUCCUCCCAUACACAAGAGUGUCAGAUCUGAUGGCUUCUAUGCUGUACAAUGAAAUGCGUGCAUGUAUACAGUGGCAUGCCUUAGACAAUAAAUACAAGCUGGUCAAAAUAACAUUUCUGCAAAUGUAACUUUUUUGUUAGUUUUAUGCUUAAUACUAUCUUAGUGCCAUGUCAAAUAGCUAGACUAACAAAAAAGACACGUGAUUGAGACUACAAUACAAAUCAGCUAUCAGGACAGUAGCCAAAAUCUAAAUAAAGCCCAAAUUAAAUACAAAAACUGCAUUAUAUUUGUUGUUUUACUUGUUUACAUUUUCGAGAGACUGAUGUUGUCAUACCACUUUCUAGAACAGUGGGUGGCGGUAGUGCGUUUUCUUUUAGUCGAUUUCAUUGGAAGCAGGUACGAAGAAGAAGUAGGCUAAAUAGUAACUACUAGCACGGUUUACUUUUGUUAGCAAGUGAAGUUGGAGACAGAGUUUGGUAAGGCGGUGGUUUGCACUAUUGCUGACAACGCGUUUGGAUAAGGUAAUUAGAUAGAAUUAGAUUAGUCUUAUUAUAAAAAAAGUCUACGAAACUGUAUUUUCGGUCAGCGGCGUUUAUCCACAUGGUCUCAAACGCAUGUGCCAACUGUAAAUGUAACUGAAGUAAAGCAGCUCGCGGACAUAAUUGUCAAUAGUUGGCAGCACCCAGCGAAUGUCAAAGCUAAAGCUAAGCUGCUAGCAGUAGCUGCCGUUACCCUGGUAGCUAACGUUAGUGUUGCUUUCAAGUGCUCCUUAUGAGCUCCGUCCUCCAAAAACUUGUAAAUAUAGUUUGCUGAACUGUGUGCUGAAAAGUAACUGUUAGAUGGAUCGAAUAAUCUGUGAGAGGCGCAUAUCAACCACAGAAGUGCUGUAGGUACAGGCAGGUGUUUUCAUUAUGCGGCGAGUGGAGCAUGUACCUCAGGCUUUUGAGGCCCCUGUCGAUGUCCAUGCCAGCGCAGAUGGCCAGGUUUACAUGUUCAACAGGAGGCUGAAUCAGGCAGCUGUAUCUUCAGAUGAUGAGGAGCUCACUGUCGUGGAGAUGAGGCCACGGGCUUUCCAAGAGCAGGACAGACUCAGGAACGUCCAGCUGCUGGACCGGGAGGUCUUGGAUGGUGACAGCCUGAACAAACUUGCACUGCAGUAUGGCUGUAAGGUGGCAGAUAUAAAGCGGGUCAACAACCUUAUGCAGGAACAAGAUUUAUUUGCACUGAAAUCAAUAAAGAUACCAGUUCCGAAACACAGCCUUUUAACAGAGACUUGCACAGGCCUAAAUGAUUCUCAUUCAUUUUCCAGACCAGUGAAGCUUCAGGACAGAGCCAGAGCCCAGCCACAACUACAGGUCACAGAAUUUCUAAUAGAGGUGGACAACGAUACUGAAAAACUGAUUCAGACCAAAAAUGGUCAAGAUGAGGAUUUCUUGAAUAACUCUGAGAAACCACAACAGUUUGGUUUCAGAGGACAGCGCCUGACCAGUCACGGCGCAGACUGGGGCAUCCACUGGUGGAACGCUUUAGUUGCCAUGCUUCUGAUAGGCAUUGUUCUGCCGUUGUUUUAUGUAAUUUACUUCAAAACAAAAGGUACAAACGAUCAUGGAGUAGUUUCACCAUCAGUUGUUAGCGGUACUUUACAGACACUCAUCACCUCUUCAAACACCUCAGGGGCCACCCUCAUUACAAGAAAACCAGGUUAGUGUGGACUUCAAUAGGUGGCAAUCAAGAUAAACCCAAAGCUCUUUAUGUUAUAACUAAGUGCAAUACCACCACGUGUGUAGUUUCCACUACAGAAUUUUGCCUUUAAUUACACAAACUGUGACGGUUCACUUGUUGAAGGGAACUAGCUGUACACUGCUCUCAUUUUUGUGUGAAUUUAAGACAAUAUUUUAUCAAAAAAAGCUUUUGUAAAGUGCAGCUGGCUGAAAUAAUCUCCUUGGUACUACUGUAUGUAUUCCUGAUCUUUUGCUUUGACAAACUAAUGUUUGCUGGGAUUAUAUUUCACCAGGUGCUUUACUAACUGUGAAAUAUUAAAGGGUUGUGUGUUGAACCUCCUCACAUGACACAAGCUGAGCAACAAUUGCCAAAAAAGAACACAAUGUAGGCAUUUCGGAGUAGGCCUGUUGUCUGAAUGAACAUAAAGAGCGAUCACAUCAUGGUCAGAUUUCAGGUGGAAAUUUGAUUUGAUCCCAAUGCAAUUUACAGUUUAAAAAUGCAUUUAAAUGUUUGCCCACAACUGCUGCUGCUUUGACUGUGUGAGGUUAAAUUGUAUUUGACGUGGGUUUGAGCAUUAUUUGUGACUUUUCUGAUCUAACUUAGGUUUUGUUUGUUUGUCUGUAUGUUCAUUGUCUGGUUAAUGCUAUGCACCUUCUGAAAAUGCCAAAAGUGUGGGGUUUUCUUCUUUUUCUAGUGAAUAGUCAGUGCAGUAUAUUUUAUCUUGUGUGCCAUGUUGCAAUCUUUAAAAUAUAAGAUGAUGCAUUUUCAAAAAUCAUUUGCAUUUCUGUUAGUUUAGUGAUUUAAGUGUUAAUUUUAGGAAAGUUCCUUAAAAUGUAUUUGUCAAAUUUAUAUUGUAUUGUACAUCCAUGAGCAGCUGAGUCCACCAGGAACAGAUAGGGAAUUUGGUGUGGCUUGUCCAGUGCACUUUUUAAGGUUUGAGGUAGUUAAAAUGAAUGAAACUGGUAAAAAAAUAUAUUUUGUUGAGAUUUCUAAAUGUGUAAACCAUUUUAGAUGGAACAGUUGGUAUGUCUGAAUCUUUUUAUCCAGCAUGUUUCAACUGAAUACAAUCUUACAUCUUUGAAAGUGCCUCUAAAGGAUUCUCUGACUUUUUAUUGUGAUAGUUUUUGCCACUCAAGAUUAUUUUAGCAUGUUUAUUUAGUUAUGAGAUUAUAAACACACAAGGUACCACUCACUACUUAAAGAAAACAUAAAGCUGAAUAUACACACAUAUAUUGUAUAGCUGGAGUGUGUAUUUUGUCAAGAUCUAUUAAUAGAAGUGUUAUUUUUGAUUAGUUGCAGUAUUCACACUUACCAAAAGAUGGCAGUAUACACAAGCACUGCUGAUGUAGUGUUUUUGCAGAGACGGGAGUCAGACACAUGCUAUUAAUUGACAUCUAACUGCAUGUAGGAUGAUUAUAUGUUUGAUACAUUGAUU